AUGGCCAUCAAUAAUAGCAAACGCCGCUCUAGCUAGCUAGCUAGCCUAGCCACUAGGAAACGCGGAGCAUAGUCACUCCUUCAUUCUCUCGUCAUUACGUGUGCUCACUUCUUUUGGUUAAACAGACAGAUCAUUCUUCACAAGCAGCCCUUGCACAGCGUUUCAUAUGGAUGGUGGCAGAUGAUGGUCCUCACAGUAGAGGCUGCCGUCGCACAUCGCAUCGAACCUUGUUCUUGAGUGUGUCUUCCUUGUUGGUUUUGGUGGUGGCGUCCACGAUCUGCAAAAACUACCGGUACAGGGGAGAUUUGAUUGAUCGGGUAUCCAAUAAUAAUAAUAGUGGUAUACUUACCGAAAGGAAAACCGAGCACGACAAUAAUAUCAUCAGCAGCCAUCACAAGAGCUAUACCCUUCCAUCCUUGGAAUAUGGUGGGAUCAUCUUUUACCUACAUAUACCAAAGACAGGCGGAACAACCAUUCGAGAGCUUAUCAAGUAUCGAAAGAAUGGCAGACGGUCUAGAGUCCAUUACAUUUAUCUGACAGGGCCGCGCGAAUACAACGACACUAUGCAGCUGAUGAAGGAUUGGGUUGUCCGUGGCACUGACAAUCAAGAAGUUGUCUUCAUCGAAUUUCAUGCACUCGAAAGAAAUUGUCCCACGUUUCUACAUUUGAGUCAAAACGAAUUGCCUCGGUGGAAAAAUCUCGCAAACGAACACAAUGUGCCAUUCUUUUCCUUCACCAUUCUACGAGAACCAGUGGCAAUGGCCAUUAGUUUCUUCAACUAUUACCAUGGCAUUCCACAAAAUCCAAAACGGUUUGAUCUAUUGGUACCUCCAACAUCUACUGCUACCGACACAAAAAACUCAGCAAUUGACAAGGAAUCACCACCCAGCAAACGUAGUACCGAAGAUAUCCUUGCGCAUGCAACUAUCGCCAAUCCACAGUGUCUCUUCAUGGCGCGAAACGAAGAUGCCUACACUAAGACCGGCAAAGAUCUGAGGGACAGUUUGACUCGUGACGACUGCCGUCAAGCGUACAAGAGCAUCCUACACUUGUUUGACUGGGUUGGGACAACCGACAGACUUGGGAAUGAGACGCUUCUUUUGUUGAGGCGUCUCUUUCAAAGCAACCAAAGCACACAACGACUCAUUCGGAAUCUCAAUAAAACCGCUAAUACCGCCGGAUUAAGUGCGCCAAUCCACUUGAGAGAUCUCAACGGAACUACCAUACAGUACAUUCGUAGAAUGACAUCGUGGGAUCAAGAACUGUACGAUGCCGCCAAGAAAGGCGAAUUCCCCGCGGACUUUGGACGCUGGAGCUUGAGCUGAUGCUAACUGGGCUGGCCGGCUGCCGCGGGGAGUGCCGGGAGGCAAGGAAGGCGAUUCUCGUCUACAGGGGCAUACCAAACCCGGACCAAUGUUUCCUUGAGCAAUAUGCAUGCAUCUCUCUUUGUAGAUGCCAUACAUGGUUACCCUUAUUCAGCAAGCAUGCAGCAGCGAGAGUUCCACACGUAUCGUUAUCUACGGUACAGGUUGGUGAUCUUAGAUCUUAGGUUUCCAACCAUCCAUCAACAUGCGCCGGCAGAUGCGCACCAGGUUCUUGCAGUCGUCAAGACCCCAAUUGUGAUGACCCUUCACUUUCAUGCCCAAGCAUCCCAUCCAUACAGCGUACCGGUACCAUGUUCAUGCCAACUACUACAGUGCGAUAAGACCUCCUUUGCUAGUCUCCGAGGGACUAGUGACGAAAAUGUGAGAGUUUUAUUGCUGUGAUUGCACUCGCUUCAUCCUACCAUGAAGAUCGAACAAACAAGACGACCCUGUAAUCCGCAAGUUGGAGUUGGAGAGGAAGGAGCAGAUGGAAGCCGUCGAAGCUUUGGUCAGCAGUGGGUUCCUCGACCAUGGCAACCUGGAAUGGUACAAAUAUAAGGUCAACACGGCAAUGGACAAGAAGAUAUCCGCCCAUAACACACUCGUUAACGUGCGCGAUGGACCUAGUGACUAAUGACACAAAGGGGAUUAACAUUUAGACUACACUGCCUCGACAUGAGUAGCAACAUUCCAGUCCACUGUCGUCGUUCCACCAUGCACUGCAGCGCGGACAGAAGUCUUGGCCACAAGCAGUGCA